AUGUCUAUGAAAGCUACUUCUAGACAUGAAAUAGAAAAUAAAAUCAAAGACCUGUUUAAAAUCAAAUUUGAUCUAACAUUUCUUUCUGAAGAAAUACUGCUUAAUAAUAUUAAUAGAUUGUUGGAGAUAUAUGUAUAUUUUAUUGAUGCGAAUCAAUUUACGAGACUUACUGAAGAAGUUUCUAAAGAUUAUAAACCAAGUGUUUGUAUACCAACUGAUAUUAUUAGUCAUGAUAUUGCUAAAAAACAUUUAAAAAAGUAUGAAAAAACGAUACGUGAUAAGAGAUUACAUAUUAUUAUAAAAAAGUUUAUUGAAGAUAAAUAUCAUAUUAAAUUAAAUUCUUUGUUAAUUGAAAUAUUAUCAAAGGUGUGUAAGAUCAAUAAUAGAUUCAAUAUAAUCGAUGAUAUGUUAGAUUUUAUUAUUGUUCCUAAAUCUAAAUCAUCUAAAUUAGUUAAAAAAAUAAUGGCAAUAAGACCAGUACAGUUUAACCCUAAUACUCUAAAAACCAGAAUUGAUAUACUAAAAAUAAUUAACAAGGAUGAAAAAAUAGAGUUCAAACAAAGUGAUUGCCUUUGCACUUGGAUGUACAUUAAAAGGUUUGAUAUAUAUUUUGAUGUCAAAGUACUCAAAGCUGUAGCCUAUCAAGAUAAGAAAGGUUUACCAAUUAUGAUAGUCAAUAGAGAAUAUGAAGGCAUAUUUGAGUUAUAUGAAGAUUAUACUAGUGGUCAAUAUACUCAUUUUAUUUUAAAAGAGAAAUAUAUGAGUCUUAAUGAUCAAAAUAAUAUGUUUAGUAUUGAUGAUUUAGAAUUUAAUGAUGAGUACUUCAAUUCUAUGAUAGUUAUGUCAUUUGAUCUUGAAACAUAUAACAUAGAUGCUUUCAAAAACCUUAACAAGUUAGAGUCGAGAAUAGCAUAUAGUUCUAUGAAAAGUGAUGUUGCAUAUCAAUGUGUAUGUAUUUUUUACAAGGCAAAAUUGAAUGAAUUAGUAAACAAAGAGCAAGGUCAUCAGCGAGUAAAUGUAAAUGAAUUUAAAGAAGCUUUAAAGUUUCCUGGUAAUACAAAAUUUGCUAGUCUAAAUAGUUGUCUUAGUCAAGUGGAGUUACCAUUGAAAAAUCAUAUUACUAUUGAUAAUAUGAACUCUGCUAUUCAUAAUACUAUAUAUAAUCGAGUAGUUAUAGUAUUAGACACUUUUGAUUUUACAAAUUUAUCAUAUAAUCAAGUAUAUUAUGGUGCAAACAAGUGGAAUGGUGAUGAUGAUAAAAGAAUCAAAGGUUAUAGAGUGGAAUAUAUUGGAUCCAGAAAAAAGAUUUUAUUAUUUGCUGAUUUAGACAGAAGUAAAUGCAAUAUCGAAGGAAAUACAUUAAAGUACCAUAUUAUUGAGAUCACUAAUGAUGAUAGUGAAUUAUUAGAUAUUGUUAGUUUUUUGAACAAGUCUAAAAGAGUAGGUGUAUUAAUGAGUUUGUUAAAAUUACUUAUUGAUCAAAGAAAGGAAGUAAAAAAAGAAAUGAAAAAACAUAAAGAGGGAACUUUUUACUAUACUCUUUAUGAUCAACAACAAUUAGCUUACAAGGUUCUUGCUAAUUCAAUAUAUGCGGGUGUAACUACUGUUAGUAGGUUCAUGAUUAAUAAAUUAUCAAAUUUUAUAACCAGUAAAGAUUGUCAAGUCAUAUAUAGUGAUACAGAUUCUGCAUUAUUCAUGAUUCAACAAGAGAAAUUAGAAUCAAUUAUUAAAGAAUAUGCAGACAAGUUUUUGAAUUCUAAAUCUCUAGAUGAUUAUACUUCUGUUUUACAUUCAUUUUAUGAAGAACUAACUUUUGAAGAAGCAACUAAAAUAUGUAAUGAUUUUAAUAAAUUAAAUGAACAAGAUGAAGAUGCUAGUAUGUUUCAAAAAAUUUUUGAGCGUAAAGUAUUAUAUGAAGUGUAUGAUUAUCAUAAAUUAGCUGAGUAUAUGAAUAGUUUAGGUUUAAAUAACUUAUUAGAUGAAAUGAUAGAUUUAGCUUUAUCUGGUAGUGAUAAAGACAAGGUUUACAUCUUUUGUGAAAAUGCUAAAGUACCUGAAAAUAAAACUGAAGUAGCUACAAUAAGUACCAAGAUGGCUUAUAAACAAUUUAAAAAUUAUUGUUGGGACAUGAUGAAUAUAACCCAACAAGAUAUUAGAAAAGCUACACAACAGAUACUAGCAUUAAGUAUUACCUUUUAUUCUUAUAUUUCAAUUAGUGAAAGUCAUUAUGUAGUUAAAGAAUUACCUAAAAGUAUUAAAAAUUUUUCUCGAGAAAUAUAUAAUGUACUAGAUAAAUUUGUAUUGGAAUCUACUUAUGAAAAUUUUAAUAUCUUGGAUAAAAAAAUUGAAAAUAUUCCCAAAUUCAAAGCAGUAGUUAGAGAUGAUAU